CGAAAACGCAUCUUAAACCUAUCAAAAAUUACAUGUCUGCAUCUCUCAAAGGGAAAAAAAUAAAGAAUUGUGACCUUCUAUAGAGCCACAUAAUGGAAAAUCUACGUAUUGAGAUUUUUAUUUUCAGUCUUGUACUAGUUUAAACUUUUUGUGAUUCAAUAUAAUUGUAGCCCUUCAAUUUCCAUCUUUAGAUAAACAUAUACACGUCAUAGGAUAUAUAAUCCAUAUCAACCAAUAGCAUUCUUUCACAGCAGAUAACUGUCCAUCCUUUGAUCACAGUAUACACCACUCAUUUAUACAAAGAAUCAACCUCUUCCUUCACUACUCUAUCCACAACCUCACAUAUUAAAACCCCAUCAACCCCUACUCCCCUUUUCUUGAUUCCAAAUUUUCAAUCACAAAAGCAACAACAACAACAAUCAUAUCUAUUAACAAAAUGGCCACUGUUACCUCUGCUGCUGUUGCUAUUCCAUCUUUCACUGGCCUCAAGGCUGGUGCUUCCUCAUCUUCCAGAGUUAGCACCGCUGCAUCCGCCAAGGUGGCAGCUGCCCCAGCUGCCAGAUUGACCGUGAAGGCGUCUUUGAAAGAUGUCGGUGCUGUUGUUGCUGCCACCGCUGUUAGCGCGAUGCUUGCUAGCAAUGCCAUGGCACUUGAUGUGUUGCUUGGUGGUGAUGAUGGGAGUCUUGCUUUUAUUCCUGGAAACUUCAGCGUUAGCGCUGGUGAGAAAAUUACAUUCAAGAACAAUGCAGGGUUCCCACACAACGUCGUAUUCGAUGAGGAUGAAAUCCCAGCUGGUGUAGAUGCAAGUAAGAUUUCCAUGGCUGAAGAGGAUCUUCUGAAUGCAGCAGGAGAGACAUACAGUGUCACUUUGAGUGAGAAAGGAACUUACACUUUCUACUGUGCACCUCACCAGGGAGCUGGAAUGGUUGGCAAAGUUACUGUUAACUAAUUUUCUCACCUCUCUGUUAUGUAAAAGUUGAUUUGAGUUCCCAUCAAUUUCAACAUUUUCCUUUUAGUAUUGCCCUUCUCUUUUUGAGGUGUAAUGAAAACUCAGGAAAUUAAAGUUGCAUAUUUAUCCAUGUAAUGUCAUUUUGUGAUUAAUACCAGCUUUUUUGGACUGUAA